ACUGACAAGAAGUCGCUUGCUCAAUCAUGCGUGCGUCAGAACAAAGGGAAAGGCUUGCAACAGGAGCCCGUGCUCAUAACUCUCGCAGCUCACAGGCAGUCCUCUAAACUUUGCCCGAAGUGCUGGGAGAACCGAAACAGUGUUUGUGCUCCGUCUUUUGCAAUCGAAACCUGAGAUAAGGCGUGAAUAUAUAUGCCACCCAAGUACCUGCUUUGAUAGCUGCACGUGUCGUCGUUUCAGACGCUGCUUCACACAGUGACACGCUGCUAGAUUCGUCCUUCCAACUCUAGAAAUGGCCGUCAUUGCAUCUACACUGGUGGUACUCAUCGUUGCCUCCAGUACUUUAUGCGCACCAACGGCCGAGCAGUCCCUGACAAAUAUAGAACAGUCCGUUGCGGAUCUGAGAAAGGCCCUUCUGAGCGGCCAUCCAAGAGAUUGCGCCGAUCUUUAUAUCUCUGGCCAGAACCACAGUGGUGUCUUCAACAUCUUUCCUUACGAAGGAUCAAAGCCGGCUAUUGCAACUUACUGCGAUAUGGAAUCAGACGGAGGUGGUUGGACGGUUUUCCAACGGCGCGGGCAGUUUGGAAAUCCAGUGUACUACUUCUAUCGAGAUUGGAAGGCUUACAAAAAUGGUUUCGGGGACCCAGCAAAAGAAUUCUGGCUAGGAAAUGAGCUGAUCCACGUCAUGACAUCUAACAAGGCAAUGUCACUCCGGAUCGUACUCACGAAUCGCACGGGAGAGACUUUCACGGCGGACUACGCUCUCUUCAAAAUUGCUGGUGAAAAUGAACAGUACAAGCUCAUAGUCAGCGGGUACACGGGAGCAGCAGGUUAUGAUGCAUUCAGUGGAGCAAACGGAUCCAGUUUCAGCACAUUUGACAAGGACAACGACAAGUACCCUGACGGCAACUGUGCCGUUACAUACAGGGGAGCCUGGUGGUACACGCGCUGUCACAUGUCAAAUCUCAAUGGCCUCAACCUCGACGGGGCCCACGCGAGCUUCGCCGACGGCAUCGAAUGGUCAAUCAGAGGCGGCGUAAAAGGCCUCCAACGUUAUUCCUAUCCGCAGGUUUUCCAACGGCGCGGGCAGUUUGGAAAUCCAGUGUACGACUUCUAUCGAGAUUGGAAGGCUUACAAAAAUUGUUUCGGGGACCCAGCAAAAGAAUUCUGGCUAGGAAAUCAGCUGAUCCACGUCAUGACAUCUAACAAGGCAAUGUCACUCCGGAUCGUACUCACGAAUCGCACGGGAGAGACUUUCACGGCGGACUACGCUCUCUUCAAAAUUGCUGGUGAAAAUGAACAGUACAAGCUCAUAGUCAGCGGGUACACGGGAGCAGCAGGUUAUGAUGCAUUCAGUCAAGCAAACGGAUCCAGCUUCAGCACGUUUGACAAGGACAACGACAUGAACCCUGACGGCAACUGUGCCGUUACAUACAGGGGAGCCUGGUGGUACACGCGCUGUCACGUGGCAAAUCUCAAUGGCCUCAACCUCGACGGGGCCCACGCGAGCUUCGCCGACGGCAUCGAAUGGUCAAUCAGAGGCGGCGUAGGAGGCCUCUAUCAUUAUUCCUAUCCGCAGGUAGAAAUGAAGAUGAGAGAUGCAAGCUUUGAAACUUUGGCUGCUAGAAUAAAUUGAAAUAAAGGAUGGAUAAAUUC